AUGUUGAUGGGCAAAGUUCUUUGCCGUGUGACUCCACGUCAGCUAAUGGCAUCGCGACUGAUCGCCAGCACGAUGUCUCGACCUGCUGUUAAGACACCGAUUCAAGAAUGGGGAUGGGCGUAUCUGCAGCGCCAGAAAGCUCUCGGACGCCCCAUUGCUCCACAUCUCACCGUUUAUAAGCCCCAGCUUACCUGGGCGGUUUCUGGCUUCCACCGUGUAACGGGAUGCGCGAUGGCUGGCGUGCUGCUAUUCGGAGGUGUUGGAUUUGCUUUGCUACCGUUCAACUUCACCCAGUUUGUGGAUUACAUUCGUAGCUGGAACAUUCCACCAGUGAUCACUUCUGCUUUUAAGUUUGUGAUUGCUUUUCCUAUCGUCUUCCAUACGCUCAACGGAAUUCGAUUCCUCGGAUUCGAUUUGGCGAAGGGAGUGGAUAACACGGCAGCGGUUGACUAUCUAGCGUGGCGGAUCAAACAAGACAAAAUGGAGUGGUUUGAACAACCAGAGCUGCCCUUUGGUACACAGCCUGAACAUGAGAUGAUGAGGCAAGUUGCUCUUAUUUUUGAACGGCGACAUCGGACUGAGUUGAAUGAAUUUGCAGAUGAACUGCUUGAAAAUGAAGAUCUUACAUUCAGCCGAUAUUGCGAUAUAGUUGACGAAUUCGGGCGGACCGCAGAUGAGAUGGAGAAUGGCAUGUCAUAUGGACGAUUAGUUGGCUUAAUAUCAUUCGGCGGAUUAGUGGCCGCAAGAAUGUAUGCCCGAAAUUUUCGAAGAGAAGUACAACAAUUAGCGACGUACACGGCGAAGUUCAUUGAUAAACGGAUACGAUUGACAUGGGUUGAAGAUGACAGGAGUUGGGUGAGUGUACUCAUCUCAGACCCUAGGCUU